CCCCCCCCCCCGCCUUUCCUACACAAUGCUCGCCCUCCGCACUGCCCGUCUGGCCCGCCUGACCCCGGUCGCCGCUCGCGCCUUCGCCUCGGUCCCCUCGGCUGGUGGUGUCGUUCCCUCGGCUUCCAAGGACCAGGAGGUCGAGGCCUACCCCGAUGGCUCCCUCGCCAACGUGGCCGUCAACCACCUCCCCCUGGCCAAGUUCCGCAGCGACAUCGGCGCCACCUCCGGCCAGCCGGUCCAGCAUGCCGCCCGCACUGUGCGCAUCAUCCGCCCGCCGAUGAACGCCAUGCAGUCCGGCACCUUCCAGACCCGCUACUACAAGAUCGAAUUCGACGUCAACCAGCGUUGGGAGAACCCUCUGAUGGGCUGGACCUCCAGCAACGACCCCCUGCAGGCUAUCGACAUGGCCCUGCGCUUCAACACCCUUGAGCAGGCCCAGCGCUUUGCCGAGCGCCAGGGGUGGGCGUACACCUGUGUCGCCGACACUGCCACUCCUCCGGCCGAGUUCAAGGCUCGCCACAAGCCCACCAUCAACCGCAACUAUGCCGAGAACUUCCGGCACUCCGCUCAGAAGCUCCGCUUCAUCCGCACCAAGUAAGCGGCGCCGGGCCCCGAGAACGGCGGCAAGGGGCAUGAGGGGGCGAGGAAAGAGCGUGCCCCCUUUCGCGUGCUCUCGCGCCGAUCUCUUCCUCUCCCUCUCGCGCCCCCUCUCGUCCUUUCUCCGUGCCUUCUCCCCUGCCUGUCUCCAGGUUUGGCCCUGCCUUUGCCUCCUCUCUUUGCUAGACCGCCCUGCCUCCACACCUCCCAACCAGGCAGCCGUGCUGCCGCCGCGCACCCCCCCCCCCACCCCCCCCCCCCCACCCCUUGCCCCAUUCCCGUUGCUCUGUGUCUCCCCUUCCGGUCAAAGCACACCCUCGAUAUGCCCGCCCAGCGGCGCGCGAAAGAUGCAUUGCCGGGGACGGACCCUUGCUCCCCUUUGCCUGCUCCAUCGCCUCUCUUUCUCCCGCCUGUAUACUAUGCGCGCAUCUUCGCGCAAAGGGAGGAUGGGCGCGCAUUUGCCGUUCAUAUCGGCACCGUGUGUCUGGCCAGCCGAGGGGCGGGGCGGGAGCGAGGGACGGUGCCAUUCCCCUCCCCCUUCUCAGCCUCUCCAAAUACACAAAACCAUCAACUUGCC